AUGCUUUUUGCAAAUGCCCUUAGAAAGUUCGCGGGCUUUGCUAUAAAAGACGUCGGCUACAACGGGAAACGGUUUGUUACGCUACUACUCUUCCAAGAGAUGUCCGACGCCACAAAGUUAAUGGAAACAGAGUCGGUCAAGAGAUUCGCUUUUUUUGGUGUCACCAUCUCAACGGUCGCGACUCUAACAGCAAUUAUAGCCGUACCAAUGCUAUGUCUCUAUAUGCAGCACAUUCAGUCAGGACUCCAAGAUGAACUCAAUUUUUGUCGUUCUAGAGGAGAGAAUGUCAAAGCUGAAUUUAGCAAGCUGGCCACGGUCCGCCAAGCAGCCAUAAUCAGUCGCAAGAAGCGCGCACUCAAUGCCUGCUGCUCAUGCGGAACUGGACCUCCAGGACCACCAGGUCCACCAGGGCUCGACGGUCCUCCCGGCAAAGAUGGAAUACCAGGUACCCCUGGCGCACCAGGAGCGGAUGCUGCUUCGGGAGAUAUCCACCCAAAAGCAGAAGAUUUCUGCUUCGAAUGUGAACCAUCUCCACCUGGUCCUCCUGGACCACCUGGGAUAAAGGGCCCCGACGGGAUGCCGGGAGCACCAGGAGAGCAAGGGCCACCCGGGCGACCAGGAUUUAGAGGGCCACCUGGACCCCAAGGACCGCCUGGGAAUCCCGGAGCCGAUGGGGAGCCUGGUGCACCAGGACAGCCUGGGCAAAUUCGCACUAUGCCU